UUCCACGACGUCAUAAUUAUUGUUCGACGCCAAAACGGUCAACACCGAACUGCUAGAUCAAAAUGCGGCACACACAAUUCCCCGUCUUUCGCGGCUCCCUAUUGCAUCGCAAGCGUCGGUCUUGGCUUCCUUGAUUGUACCUCAUACCAGCCAACAUGCUGUUCCGUUCGCGCAAGAAGAACGAUUGGGUUCCUGAUGUUGGAGGACCAGCAGCAGAUGGCAAACCUUUUGACUCGAACCCUGUACCUGUUGGUUUCUGGCACCCUUCCCUACGAAAAGUGCGGCAUCGCGUCUUCCGAGAAUGGAUUGUCACCACCGCGUUCCUCAUGGCUUUCAUUCUGGCUGUACUGUCGAUUUACUGGGGUGUCUUCUACGAGGUAGAAAACAGACUCGGCCAUUUACUCGUAUAUGUCGUUGACAUGGAUGGUGCCGCGCCGUACGAUGACAUUGGAAACGCUCCAUUUGUUGGACCUACAAUCACUCAACUGGUAGAGAAGCAACUUUCAUCUGGCAUGCCAACACUCGGCUGGGGGAUCCGCCCUGGAAGUGAAUUCAACAAUGAUAUUCUGGAGGUGCGCCAGGCGGUCUACAACUGGGAUGCUUGGGCUGCGAUCAUCAUCAAUCCCAAUGCUUCGGCGUUACUGUACCAGGCUGUCGCAACCGGAAACACAUCUUACGAUCCUCUUGGUGCGUGCCAACUGGUCUACCAGGACUCUCGAGACGACACGAACUGGUACGACUUCAUGCUGCCUCUUAUCAGCCAGUUCAUGACCCAGGCUACGAGCCAGGUCGGUCAACAGUGGGCGCGUAUGGCACUGCAAAACGCCAGCGACCCUGCGAUAUUGGCGAACAUUCAAUCCGCACCACAAGCCAUCAGCCCGGCAAUUGGCUUCUCCGAGUUCAACCUCCGACCCUUCUAUCCAUACACCGGCAUUCCCGCUGUAUCCAUCGGCCUGAUCUACCUAAUCAUCAUAUCAUUCUUCAGCUUCUCCUUCUACCUGCCAAUCCACAUGACCUACAUCAACCCAAAAGGACAUCCGCCGCUCAAAUUCUACCAAAUGAUAAUUUGGCGCUGGUUCGCCACAAUGGGCGCCUACUUCAUGCUCUCGCUCGCUUACUCGUUCGUCUCCCUGGCCUUCCAGAUAAACUUCACACAUACCAAUCCAAUCACGGGUGAAACACAGGUCACGGAUGUCGCCUACGGGAACCCAAUUUCGUACAGCCAUGGCACGUUUCUGGUGUACUGGAUGCUAAAUUUCUUCGGCAUGAUUGCGCUGGGGCUCGCGUGUGAGAACGUCGCAAUGGUGGUGGGGGCGCCGUGGAUGGGGCUGUUUUUGAUAUUUUGGGUGAUUACGAAUGUUUCGACGUCGUUCUACGAUAUCGAAAUUGCGCCUGCGUUCUACCGAUGGGGCUAUGCGUGGCCGCUGCAUUCGGUUGUCGAAGGUAGUCGCCAGAUCUUGUUUGGGUUACACUCGCGCAUUGCUCUUGAUUUUGGUAUCUUGAUUGCGUGGGGCGCGGUCAACACGGCGUUCUUCCCUAUCUGUUGUUGGGUUAUGAGGUGGAAGAAGCAGAAGGGAGUUACGGAGUAUUGGGAGAGCUAGAGUGUAAAAGAGCAUAUUUGACGGUAAUUCGGACGUAUAAUGAGAUAGCAGCGUAG